AAAUGGCCCCGUAUCGGUCACGAGCUGUGACCGAUACGGGGCGUGGCCUACCACGUCAACAUUGAUUGACGUGGUAACCACUACCAGGAAGCCAGCAGUGACAUCACUUUCCAGAAUUCCCCUCCAGUACCGUUUCAGCGACGAAGAACCAGAGCGACGAAGAGAGAAAAGCUGAAAGGUGAAGGAGUGUGCUGCUGUGUGUGACUCCCAAGUGUUUCAGCUGAUUUAACAAGCAAGAUAUUAAAGGAUGUCUCUGUAUCCAUCUCUCGAGGACCUAAAGGUCGACAAGGUCAUCAAGGCCCAGGCCCAGUUUGCCCAGACUACCACCCCCAUGCCUGCCAUCACUGAGGGAACCAACGAGCCUCAGCCUGCUACUGCUGGGAUGCCAGGAUCAAGCUUGUACCCAAAUCUGGAGGAGCUGGGAGACUACAUGGGCCUGGCCCUCAACAGUGAUGAAGUCCAGAGGAACCUGGCAUUGUUGCCUGUGGCUGACAAUCAAGUGGCAGUGCCAUCCAGCUCAGGUGUUGGGGGGAUGGUGCGGCCCGUGACAGGAGCAGAUGUUGGCAUCAGGCGUGCAGAGAUCCGACCUGGGCUGCGGGAGAUUAUACUCUGUAAGGACCAGGACGGGAAGGUGGGACUCCGGCUCAGGGCCAUUGACAACGGAGUGUUUGUCCAGCUGGUACAGGCUAAUUCCCCUGCGGCCCUGGCUGGGCUGCGUUUUGGAGACCAGGUCCUUCAGAUCAACGGGCAAAACUGUGCUGGUUGGAGCGUAGACAAGGCCCACAAGGCCCUGAAGGCUGCAGCUGAGACUCGCAUUGAGCUUGUGGUCAGGGACAGGCCAUUUCAGCGCACCGUCACCAUGCACAAAGACAGCUCAGGUCACGUGGGCUUUAUCUACAAGUCUGGUAAAAUCACCUCACUGGUCAAGGAUGGCUCUGCUGCCCGCAACGGUCUCCUGACUGAGCAUUACAUCUGUGAAAUCAAUGGACAAAACAUUAUUGGACUCAAGGAUUCUCAGAUCAAGGAUAUUCUGACCACCUCUCCCACCACCAUGACCAUCACCAUCAUGCCCAAGUUCAUCUAUGAGCACAUGAUUAAGAGGAUGUCCAGCGGUCUCCUGCGGUCAGCCAUGGAUCACUCUGUCCCAGAGGUGUGAAGACCAGAGGGAGGACUGUCAACUGUCAGGAUGUCUACAAUACAGAGCUCUCUCUCUUUCUCUCUCUCUCUCUCUCUCUCUCUCCUUUGCUUACUCAUCUUUAUCUCUCUGUCUCUUUCUGUCUUCAUACCAAAUCACCUCCUGCAUCACAAUCAUCAUCAUCGCCGUUUCUCAUUCUUAACAUAAUUUUAAGAUGCCUUUUUUUCUAUUCUUCAGUUGUUCAGUAUAUUCUUGACCUUUUCUACAUUUUCCUCAUUUCUGUUGACAUUUGUACUUUUUAUAUGUUAACCCUUUAGUCUGAGUAUUACAUGCUUAUUUUUUCUUGUUUUGUAUUUGAGAUCAAGGACAGUACAAAAUGUUUUUUAAGCCAUGCACACUAUCAUGAGUCCAGAGCUUCCUCCUCAGUGUGGAGAUGAAUCAUUGGCACGUGACAUUUCACCUUGUCAAAAUGCUGUAAAAGCCAAUGGUCAGUCAUCAGAACCCUACAGUACCAUGUAGAUUACAGCUGCACCCUCAGUCCCUGCACUUGGCCUGUGAUCUGUGUACAUAAAUAAUCUGGGCUGAACUAAAACCCAGGGCCUCAUGUGAAAAUGUUCGCUGACUUUGUUCUAGAUUCCAGUGUACAGUCAUUUUUACUUGGCCAGUAAUACUAAUCAUUUUUAGCAAAAAAUUUGUUUUUAGUUUAUACCAUAUACUGGUGAAAAUUAGUGUUGCAUCGAGAUUGUGUUAUGAUUAUUUUUUUCUUCUUUUUGUUGACACCCAACAUUUAUAUACCCUAGAUUCUAACAUAUAAGUGAGAAAUACACCAUAGCAGUUUGUACUUUCGCCAAGAGAUGACAAUGUGUCAUUGCAUCACAUUUCCUGUCUCUGUGGGCAAAAGUCAUGAUGAGACUCUGAUGUGUUAAAUUGUAGGUACUGGGAACAGUGUGUGCACAAUCCAGGGGAAAGUGUAGGGAAAAGGGCAGCAGUAGAUGUUUGUUGCCCUAUGUAGCUGGGACUUGGCCCUGUCCACAGACAUUAUGAGAACCAUGAGAUGGUGAAAAGCACAGGUAAGCAAGAUCCUAGCACAAUAUGUGAGUGUGUGUUUGAUACGGUCUAGUGCUUCAAACUGUUUUCAGGGGAAUUGUUGGUAUUUGAUUGGACAGGGUCUGUGCUGGGCAGACCCACUAAGUGCACUUUCCACUACCUUUUAAGAGGUUGACUUUCCUGUAUCCAUUUCAACAGUUAAGUCCAAUAGUUGUGUUUGUGUAAUGAGGGAACUUGUAUGUUAACUAUAGGAAACUGCACAAAUUUGAUGCUGAAAAAUCAAAUUAAAGGCAUUUAAAUUCCACAUCAUGAGUUUAGCCAAUGAACCUGCUCUCCUCUGCUUAGAGUUAUUAGCGGACUUCCCUCUGUAAUAUUCUUUCCGUAACUGAUGAGCACAGUGAGACUGAGCGGAGCUCACAGUUGUGAAUUUGUACUUGUUACAUAGUUGCUCCUUUUAAUGCUGUUCAUGUUUGGAUGCAUGCAUUCCUUUAAUUUUCUAGGUAUGCAAUCUGAUAAAAAUCUCUUGUCAUUCUGUAAAAAAAAAAUCUAAAAGUUUAUAUACGAAUGUAACCCAGAUAAUAUUGUAAAACAAAUAAACAAUC